AUGGUCCACAUGGCAUUGCAGGUGGUUAUAAUUCAUGAAGCACAUACUUGUCAAGUGAGAUGAUCGUUCACCACCUAAUUUUAUGUCUUCAGGAUGUACGGAUCGACUCUAAUGGUUGUGUGAUGUAGAGAAGAUGCUGUAGGAUUCAUUCACACCAGUGGCUUGAAUAAGGUACAAAGAAGGAAGAGGCAAAAAAAAUCAGGUCUGGGGUACAGCUCACAGCGGAUAAUUUAACACUGCAGUGUACAUGUUUCAACUUUUCCACCCCCCGCCUCCUUUUUUCACCCUUACAUCUCUUGGGGAAUGGCUCAGCGAGAAAAUGUCUCCCAUCUUCUUUUCACUGCUAUGAGUCAUGAAAGCUCGGUGGCGAGCAAGCAUCUGCACUGCUGCGACAUUUGACAUUCAGCUCCAUGCCGGAGAAGGAAAAGAAGGAAAAACCAGGAUGCUCUGGAGACAUUAGGGAUCAUAGACUGAUUGAUUUUUUUACCCACACGAUUCAUGAAUUUGUUUCCACUGCUGUUGUGUAGUAUUUGCCCUCUGGUACUUGUAUGAUGCUGAUUUCUGGAAUCCCAAAGGGUCAGUGGAUUUAGGUUUUAUGUGAAACUGAUAAAAGACUGAGAAUUCGUUGGCUCAGGGGCCUCUGUUCUCUUUUAGUGGAACUGUUAUGGAUUAUCAAAGGAUCCCGUUAUUUUGACUUGAUUCAUCCCCCUCUUUGAACGUAUUUAGAGGAUUCUUCCGACUAGAAACAGAGUGAAUCUGUUUGCUUUUUCUGUACCAACCAGCCAGCACUCGGACCUCUUUCUCCCCCCCACUGGCUUCACUUAGUGGGGGGGAGCUCCCACACUAUCCCGUAACCGCUUUCUCUGUCAAAUCAGCUAUUUCAAAGGCUCCCUGAGCAUGGACACAGGACAGGGCAGCCCAGAGAGCCCCAAUCGGGCCGUGGAGUACCUGCUUGAGCUCAACAACAUCAUUGAGAGCCAGCAGAAGCUGCUAGAGACCCAGCGGCGGCGCAUAGAGGAGCUGGAGGUCCAGCUGGACCGCCUUAACCAGGAGAACAAAGACCUUCGACUGGACAGGCAGCCAUGUCCGCCUCCACCGCCGCCGCCACCGCCACCAGUGGGGACCUCCAACCAGACCCAUGGGCAUUCGUCACAUGUGCAGAACUCUGCCACAGUGUACCCCAUCCAGACCCACAACAACGUGCCAGCUCCUAACCCCACACCUGCUCCAGCUCCGCCUCCUCCUCCUCCGCCCGUGCCACCCAGAGAUCGGCGUGUCGUCAACCCACACACCCGUCUCAGCCGUGGUCUUUCCACUGGCUCCAAUCCAACAGAGAAUGACAGGGAGAGAGAGCGAAAAAGAGAUGCCACCAACGCUGGCUCUGCCACCACUCUGCAGAGACAGCCAGAUGGAGAUUUCAACAAAGAAAGUGUGGAAGAAGAUCCUCGCUGUGGACAUACGGGCAGUUACUCAGACAGCUCCUGCGGUCAGGGCCCGUACCUGGUCAGUUCAGACCACUAUGGAAAGGCUACCGGGGAAUCUUUGAGCUCUCAGGGGCCCCCUGUGGCUCCUCCAAGCCCAGCAAGCCUGGCUUGGGCCCAACGCACACGCCUCCAACCUGCCAGCCUGGCACUGCGCAAACAAGAAGAGGAGGAGAACAAACGCUGCAAAGCACUGUCAGACAGCUAUGAGCUCUCCACAGACCUGCAGGAUAAGAAGGUGGAGAUGUUGGAGAGGAAAUAUGGCGGCUCCUUGCUGAGCAGACGAGCAGCACGAACCAUCCAGACGGCCUUCCGACAAUACCGCAUGAAUAAGAACUUCCAGCGGCUGCGCAGUUCUGCCUCAGAAAGCCGGAUGACUCGACGUAUUAUCCUCUCUAACAUGCGCAUGCAGUACUCAUUUGAUGAGCGCCAGCCACAGGCCCAGUCUCAGACUCCGCAGCAGAAACAGCUCUACCCACCCCGCCACCCUGCAUGUCUGAGCAUGGCAGGCCAACAGAGCUCAGCUGAUACAGAGCAGGACACAGAGUCACCCUCACACUGCGCCUCUGACCGGGAGGACUACUCACGCACUAAUGAUGCCUUCAGCAAACAAGUGACAUCACUGGCAGAUUCGAUGGACGACACUCUGACUUGUCAGUCUGGGCGAGGCGACUCACAGGACGCGGAUGGCGCUGGAGAGGGGGAGGAUUUCAGUGAGUGUGCGUGGAAUAGCAAAAUCUCCUCCCGGCGUGGGAUACUGUCAGAUGACCGAGAGAGGACAGCAGGCACCCUGGGCUGUAUGCACGAGGACAGCACGGCGACGUCCUACAGCGACGUAACUCUGUACAUGGAUGACGGCGCACCCUCAUCCCCUCUUUCUAUGGAGCGGGCUCCUAGCAGUACCGACACUGAGUACUGGGGGCACAGCGGAACAACCGGAGGUCGAGAGGACAGUCGGGAUGCAGAGGGCGGAGGCAGCAGCACGAGCCGGCGAAGCACCCCAUGCACAGAGUGCUGUGACCACCGACUCCGCGGUCCCCACCUUCCCGUUCUGACAAUCGAGCCACCCAGUGACAGCUCUGUAGACAUGAGCGACCGCUCGGACCGAGGCUCCCUUAGCAGACAACUAAUAUACGAGCAGGAACCAUCAGUAGGUGGAGGUUCACCCCAAGGAACUCUUAAACACAACCCAGCCCAGGGACAGACCCGCCCUAUGGGUCGGCCCAUCCCCUCUCCACUUCCCACCCAUGUCCCGCCACACCAUGCAGUCCUUCUGCAUCAGCAGCACCACCCGCACAUUCAUCACCCGCUUCAGCACCACCACCACCAUCAUCCGCUCGCCCACCUACACCACCCGUACCCCGACCCAUCCGGGUCAACCAACCAACCCCCACUCACACCACUCUCCUCCACCUCGUCAGCCCCUCUGCCCUCUACAGGGAUGGAGCCAUCUGAUGGUGACAACGACUCACUAAACUCCACCACCAACUCAAAUGAGACCAUCAACUGCAGUUCAGGCUCUUCAUCCCGUGACAGUCUAAGGGAGCCUCUGCCUGCAAUGGCCAAGCAGACCUACCAGAGAGAGAGCCGUCACAGCUGGGACUCGCCUGCCUUUAACAAUGAUUUGGUGCAGAGGAGGCAGUACCGCAUCGGUCUAAACCUCUUCAACAAGAAACCAGAAAAGGGCAUCCAGUACCUGAUAGAAAGGGGAUUUAUGUCCGACACCCCAGUGGGCAUUGCACGCUUCAUCCUGGAGAGGAAAGGCUUGAGUCGACAGAUGAUCGGGGAGUUCCUGGGCAACCGGCAGAAGCAGUUCAACAAGGAUGUGCUGGAUUGUGUGCUAGAUGAGAUGGAUUUCUCUGGCAUGGAUCUGGACGAUGCUUUGCGCAAGUUCCAGGCUCAGAUUAAAGUCCAGGGAGAAGCACAGAAGGUGGAGAGGCUGGUGGAGGCCUUCAGUCAGAGGUACUGUGUGUGUAAUCCUGCACUCGUGCGCCAGUUCCAGAACCCGGACACCAUCUUCAUCUUGGCCUUUGCGAUCAUCCUUCUUAACACGGACAUGUACAGCCCUAAUGUCAAACCAGAGAGGAAAAUGAAGCUCGAUGACUUUAUAAAGAACUUAAGAGGAGUGGAUAAUGGGCAGGACAUACCAAGGGACUUGUUGGUAGGAAUAUACCAUCGUAUACAGAAAUGGGAGUUGAGGACCAAUGAUGACCAUGUAUCUCAAGUACAGGCUGUGGAGAGGGUGAUCGUGGGCAAAAAGCCUGUGCUGUCUCUUCCACACCGCAGGCUGGUGUGCUGCUGCCAGCUGUAUGAAGUUCCGGACACUAACAGGCCACAGCGCAGUGGGGUUCAUCAGAGAGAGGUCUUUCUCUUCAAUGAUUUGCUGGUGGUCACUAAAAUCUUCCAGAAAAAGAAGACAUCAGUGACCUACAGUUUCAGACAGUCUUUUACCCUGGUGGAGAUGCAGGUUCACAUGUUCCAAAACUCCUACUACCCUCACGGUAUUCGGUUAACGUCAGCUAUCCCAGGAGGGGAGCGUAAGGUCCUGAUUGUUUUCACAGCUCCCAGUCAGCAGGAUCGAACACGUUUCGUCAGUGACCUCAGAGAGAGCAUUGCUGAGGUGCAAGAGAUGGAAAAAUAUCGUGUCGAGUCGGAACUGGAGAAGCAGAAAGGUGUCAUGAGACCUGGAGGACUAGCUGGAGAUGGAAAUGGAGGGGUGGAUGGUAUUAAGACUGAAGUGGUAAAUGGCACUCUGGGUAGGCCCAGUCUUGAUGACACAUAUGUCACAGCGGACGGCCUAAAGCGUUCAGCGCUUAGUUCGUCACUCAGAGAUCUCUCAGACACAGGAAAACGGGGUCGCAGAAACAGUGUUGGCUCUUUGGAUAGUACCAUUGAAGGAUCCAUUGUUAACAGCCCGCGGCCUCAUCAGCGCAUGCCCAUGGGGGGCGCUCCUCCCAGCUGCUAUGGACUGGAAGACUACCGGCCUCACCGCCCCAUCCUGAGCCCCGGUUUAGGGGUGGGGGGUGGCCCGGGGCAGUUACACAACGCCGCAGGGAAUGCUGGAGCAGGGGCGCCUCCCAACCCUGGAGAUCGAGGAUCCGCAGGGGGCAGCACCGGCUCCUUCCUGGGUUCACUGUUCGGCAGCAAACGAGCCAAACCCCCUGCGCUGGCUAUUCCUCCGGGGCCGCAUUACCCCGCACCCGUGGCCCCACCUACUACAGGGGGCCCACCUCCUCCCUCACCCUCCGCCCUCAGCCAGUCCGAUUUCGGCGGACCGUCCAAGAUCCAGGCGCUGCACGCACAAUACUGCCACAACAAUAUUGGACCCCCUCCACCGUCAUACAACCACCACCACCAGCACUACCGUUAUCACGUACAGGCCUUGGGCGCUGGCCAUCCGCACAUUAUGCAUCACACUUUGCAGCGCAGCUCGCUGCCCCGUCGCGGUACCCCAGCACUCCACGCUCCACUGCAGCAGCAGCUCUCCCAUCACGCCAUGCAACAGCACGCCCGCCACUCCAGCGUCGGCUGUACCCCUCCCCCUCUGUCCCCCCACUCACCACACUCCCCUAUCAGCCCGUUCAGCUUUUACCACACUCACGUCCCAGUGCCACAUCCCGCAAAGCUCCCACUCACAUUGUCUCAUUCCCAACCCCACCCUCACCCUCACGCCCACUUCCACGCUCACUCUCAUACCCACAACCAUCCCGGCCAAGUCCACAGCCCCCACCCACUGCUGCAGCACUCCGCCCAUCACACUCACUUCGUGUUUGCCCCGCCUCCUCAAGCGCCGUCCACCAUCACCGCACGCCACGUGCCACAGACCGUCGGCCACUACCUGCCCCUGUAUCCACCCCUAUCCUCCAUCCCGCCUCCUCCGCCGCACUCGCCUUUACCCCCUCCUACCUCCCCCCUCACCCCUCUUACACCGCUUACACCUCUCUCGCCACUGCCGCCUCAGGUGGGCAACCCAGGACCCAGGGCAGACGGCACAGGGGGCAGCGCCAGCACAAGCAGCAGCUCCAAAUCGAAGCCCAUCAGCCGCAUCAGCACAGUGGUGUGAGACGCAGCAGGGCUCGAAGGGCGAGAGUUCACGGAAAGAGGAGCCGAAGCCCAGGCAAGCGGAAGCACACUGUGCUCCGACUCUGCUACUUCCGCAUCCGAUUCCCAAACAUGUAGAGAGCAGUGAUGGAGGGUUCUUCUACAGCUGGGCUGCUAAAUAAAUAUGCCAUCUGCUUGUUUCAAAUUUACAUUCAUCAAGGUGAAAUUAGAAAGCUAGGAUAAAGGCAGAGCGUAUACUGUUUCCCAGAGGUUGACAGAAUUUGGGGUUCUUUUUUGAGCAGUGUUGCCAAAGGUGAGACUAUGAAGGGUUGGUGCCAACCUACAGUGAGAGACAAAAGGAGACACUACCACUACAGAUGAAGGAAGGAAGCAAUUGCUUCACUUUAGCAGGGCUAAGAACAGGACAGCAGAACCCAAGUUUUUCAGAAACAGCACUAAAAGCAUGGACUUCAGAACAACUGAGAUUUUGAUUUUUGAUUUUCAACUGACAAUCAUUACUGGUCCAGGCAAUUUUUGUCAAAAUUGAGUGAUACAUUCCACUCCAUUGAUGGCUCUCAGUAUUAGGACUGCAGCUUUAAAUGAAUUAGCCAUGCACUU